AUGGUCAUCAACGGGACUGUGACGACCAUCACUGGAGAGGUACACGAUGCGCCACCUCCCACCCAGACGGAGACUACGGCCUCGAGCUCCAGUUCAGGGGCUUCGCAAUGGACGCUCCCUUGGAUCUCGGAGUCUACCCAGAGUUCACCUACGAUGACUCCGACGGCUAGGAUCAGCACCGUCACCAGCGAUGUCGGGGGCGGGGUGGUUUCGACUUGGGUCGUGACGCUCCCGACUGGCAUUCCGUUCCCCAAUACCACUUCGACGAGUCCGGCGUCGACGACGUUGAGUGGCCAAGUGUCGAUUGUUACCAGCAUCAUUAGUGGACAGAUGACCAUCAUCACGAUUGAGGGUCCAUCUUUGACUGCCUCUGGGAAUAGGACAGCUGCUACUACAACCUCGACGCCAUCCGAGACUAGUUCUGGGGACAUCGGUGUUGUUACAAGUGUCACUGGUGGUGAGGCUACGACGACCACGCUCAUCGGCGGAUCGACCAUUCGCCCAGCGAAUGGGACUUCUAUGGCCAGUUCGAUACCAUCAGAGACGACAUCUGCGGGCAUCAGUGUGCUUACGAGCUUCAUCGGUGGUGAGGCCACGAUCAUCACACUCAUCGGAGGUUCAACUCUGUCCGGGUCGUCUAACGCGACGGCUUCUACGACUUCGACGCCUUCAGAGUCUUCAUCUGCCGAGGUCAGCAUCAUCACAAGCGUUAUUGGCGGAGAAGUUACCACGGUCACGGUCGUCGGCGGGUCUACCAUCAUACCUGCGAACGCUACAUCAAGCUCCACGGCAUCUGAGACGCAAUCUGCAGACUUUAGUGUGGUAACGACUAUCAUCGGUGGUUCCGCUACGACUCUGACAUUGAUCGGUGGAUCAACCUUGGCACCAUCUUCCGCGCUAACUACCGCUACGGCCACCUCGAGUACUUCGCAGACCUUGUCAGCCGGUGUGUCUGUUAUCACCAGCUUCGUCGAUGGUGUUGCUACCACCAUCACCGUCUCUGAUGGAAGCACACUUACGACGGCUCUCGCCAGCGACAUCUCCCCAAGUCCUACGGCUACAGGCGGGAUCAUCGUCAUUACCAGCAUCAUCGAUGGAUCUGCGACCACAGUGACCAUCUCAGAUGGCUCUACUAUCGUUUCGCCGACCACAACUUCCUCUGCCCCAGCAUCUUCCCCGACAGGGGAGGUCAUUGUUGUCACGAGCACGAUCAAUGGGGAGCCGACUACCUUCACCAUGUCGGACGGCCUGACUCUCGGAACGUUAAUGAGCAGUAGCACUGCCACUGCGAUGCCGUCGCCUACUGGCGGUGUCAUUGUCAUAACCAGCAUCAUUGAAGGCCAGCCGACAACUUUCACAGUAUCCGACGGCACGACUCUGGAGACAGAGUCUAGCAGUGCACCUGUAUCCCCUACUACAACAGCCAACGCCGGUGUCAUUGUGAUCACGAGUACCAUCAACGGUGCAGUCUCAACAAUCACAGUCUCCAACGGCAGCACAGUCGAAACACCGGCAAGCAGUACCGCAACCCCGACACCAACGCCAAGUAUCGGGGUCAUUGUGGUUACGACGUUGAUCAAUGGCGAAGCAACCACCAUUACCGUCUCGGAUGUCUCCGAUGGCUCGACCCUGACCCGUCCUCUGAACACCACGUCAACUCUUACGCAAACCCCAAUCCCGACUGGAGAGAUCAUUACCAUCACUAGUACCAUCAAUGGCGAGCCAGUUACUUUGACGAUCUCAGACGGCUCAACACUCUUUCCAACUCCCUCUCCAACCAACGGUCCAGACGUUAUUACCGUCAUCAGCAGCGUCAUCGGCGGCGGAGCAUCAACUUGGAUCAUCUCAGACGGGGUAACUCUGCCUCUGCCUUCAAAUACAACGAGCCCCACGUCAACUCCGACCGGUCAAAUCAUUGUCCUUACAAGCAUCAUCACCGGCGCUGCAUCUACAUGGACGGUCUCAGACGGCUCAACUCUCAGCCCGAGCGCAACCACCGCAACCGCCUCCACUCCAACUGGCGACGCCGUCACUUUGACAAGCACCCUCCCCGAUGGUCGCGUCUCGAUCUGGACUCUCAUCGGAACUGCCACAAUCACCGGGUCACAAAAUGCCAGCGUAACCAGUUCCUCAAGCUCAUCCUCAGCUACAGCAUCGUCAACCUCUAGCGCCUUCGACUCCGCCUUUACAGGCAUUUCCAUCGUGGCAUCUCAGAACGCGAGCACAUGCCACACCCUCCCCUCUCCGACAGAAUCCCUGCACGAGUCCAAGCUAGACACCCAAGGCAAGACUGCACCGUACAUCGACACCUUCUACUUGGACAACACCACCAACUCGGUCAAGUACAUCCGUCUCAUGAACGAAAGCACGUCCGACCCUAUCCUCAUCGAUGUAUCGGGUCCUGCAAAGCUGGCAAUCAUCGACAAAGACGGCGACACGCUCUCCGUCGAUAGUCAGGGUCUGCACUUUGCUUCCGCUGGUUGUUCGCCCAAGAUUGAUGUCUUCAUUUCUGGCUUCUUCAGCCAGAUCAACAGCUUAACCAACUCGACGUGCACCUCUACCGCAGCUCUCUUCGACACGCCGUCUGGGAGACCUCUGCAGAAAAGACAGACCAGCGCGUUUGAUGUCUUGCUUCGUCUCAAAGAUCAGUGUGGUAAUGCCGCGCGCGAUGAGUUGCCUGUUGCUGUAUCUUUGGGAGAUAAUCCUUGUGCGGUUGUUCCCAAAGAGGGCGACUUUGUUGCAACUUGUACCUGGCCUGGAGGUAGCGGUCCUGCAGGAGACUGUGAGACUUCAGUCGAGCAGACCCUUGACCACCUCACGAAAGGAUCACUAGAUGGGACUUGCCCUUCAAUGAUGUCCAUGUGGAGUCUUCUCUCCCAGGAACUUGGCAACGUGAUUAACCUACGGGAACUGCUCAAGCCAUUUGUGGAUGCUGGGUUGGACAUCGACACAGAGCGCGGCCAGAGCCUCCUGGAGGUGAUCGGCAGCUUCCUCGGGAUUUACGACUACUCUACCUCAACCUUUGGGAACUCGACAUCCCAAGCUGGAUCUGGCAUGGGAGACCUGAUUGAGGACUACGGUUUGACGACGAUUCAGACCCAGGUCUGCCGAUACCUGCAGACCUCCUCGCAGCCGCUCAAUCUCGCCUUCACAGCCGGCACCACAUCCACGCCCUCCACACUCGCCGAGAUCACGACCAUCCCCUCGCCCACCCCAGAAUACGACCGAAACAUCACGGACCCGACGGUUAUGGCCUGCUGCCCGAACCCAGGAAAUUGCAUCUUCUCGGAGGGCAGCAAGUUCUACCCGCCCGAGUCCUCGAUUACAGGCUCCAACUGCUUUUGCGGGUCGAUGCUCGGCGGGGGAGGCAUUGCGUUCAGGACGGGGUCGUGUCUGGAGGAGAACCAGUGCAGUCAGGAGAAGCCGUGUGGUGAGGGCAAGGUUUGCUUGACGGGCAACUGCUGCGGGGAUGGGACAAAUCCUGUCAAUGUUUGUGUGGAUGCGACCGAGUGCAACGCGCCGCGGGUUGGGAAGAGGUGGGCUGCCUUGUUUGAGGGAACUGCGAUGGGUAUGGUUUGA